GUAUUUUAAUAUAAUGUAAGUAAAUUUAAAAUAUAGAUAUGUACUGUAAAUGUCUUGUUUUCAUUUAAAUUCGAUCAAUGACGGAUACAAAGCUACCAUUGAUUAUAUUUUAUUCUUAAAUAGAUGUGCAGGAUGGAGUGACUCUCCUAUCAUGAUGGACUUGUUUAGAACUCAGAUAUAAUUUUCAAAUAUCCAGGGAUCCGUGGAUUUUUAGUGAAGAAACAUAAAUUUGCAGAUUAGAAUGAUAUCUAUAUUUAAAAUCUAAUAUGUCUGGAGUACUUCUGAUUUUUAUCGCUUCUUUUGCACCACAUCUGACUAUAUCAAGAGGACAAGCAUGCUUCGGAUUUGAUACAUUUGAGAAAAUAUUUUCAACUGGAUUCAAUCCACCAGGAGCGGUGGUUACAAAACUUGAACAUGGAACUCCUGAUGCUCCUACAAAGCAUUGCUUACAUUUAUGUGGAGAGAAACGAGAAUGUCUCUCUUUUACAUUGGAUUUGCAAAACAAAAUAUGCUAUUCUCAUAACGUGAAUUCGUUGGGAAGUAAAGAAUCUUUAACUACCGCUUCAAACAGCGUUUUCUUUGAACAAAUCUGCUUCCAAAGAAAAGAUAGUACUGAACGUUGCAAAGAAAAGUUGUGGGCGUUUGAAGUAGAGAGGAAUGCCUUCCUCGUAGGACACGUGGAAAAGGAAUUAGACCAUAUCUUAUCGCGUUAUGAAUGCGAAAAAAAGUGCUUCAACGAAGAUAUGUUUGCAUGUCGAUCUGCUGAUUACGACGAAAGAAAUAAAAUUUGUAGGCUAAGCAAAGAAGACCGAUGGACUCGUCCUGAUGAUUUCUUGCGAGAUCAAUCUGGAAGCCAUCGAUCUUAUUUAGAAAACCAAUGCAUUUCAGCUGCUCCAACAGCUUGCCGUUUUCAAAAUCAAGAAGGUUUUAUGUUUCUAUCUACCGAUUUGAUCAAGUUUGCAGAUAACGUCGACGAUUGUAGAAAUCAAUGUGAACAAGAACCGUCUUUUAACUGUAGAAGUUAUUCGUAUGUUGAUAACAAAUGCUUUCUAAGUAGUGACGGAACGUCUACUCUAGGAUUCGAAUUUCUCAAAGAAGAAAGUGGUGUAAUUUUCGGUGAAAAGAGAUGUGUAGUAGAUCGUUGUAACGAUGGGACUGUUACAUUCGAGAAAAUCACUGGUUACAUCUUGAGGUCUUCUGUAGAAACAAACAUCGAAAUACCUAGAACUGGUAGUACUUGGCUUCAAGGUAUUACCUUAGAUUGCUGGAAGCAUUGCAAAGAAUCUGCGGAUGAUUGCCCAGCUUUUACGGUCUCGUAUCAAACACAAAGAUGCCAAAAAUUAGAUAGAAAUUCUCAAGGACGAAUUGGAGAUUUAACACCUAGACCGGGUGGAAAUUAUUUUGAGAAAAUUUGUUUGAGAGGUGCCGAAGCAGAAGCAUGCAAAAAUAAAGCUUGGGCAUUCGAGAGAGUUCCAGCAUUCGAAUUAGAAGAAAGUUUAUACGAUAGACAUAUACCAAAUGUACAAAAUAGAAGUGAGUGUGAAGAAUUAUGUCUAAGAGAAGUUACAUUUGUUUGUCGAUCAGCCUUUUAUCACGAAGAUGAUCUUAUCUGCAAACUAAGUCGUGAAGAUCGAAGAACUCAAUCACAGAAAUAUCAUACCAAUAACAAUAUAAGGACUAGUUACUUGGAAAAUUCUUGUAUUCCCGUUUUGACAACUUGUCCCUAUGAACAUACUUUAGACCAUUAUUCAACAUAUACAGAUACUGUUCAUAGAGGAGCGAUACAAUCGCACAGCGACUGCGAGAAAGUUUGCGAUGACUUUCAAGGUUUCAAUUGUAGAUCGUAUGCUUAUUACUCAGCUCAGGGUCAGUGCUUUUUCAGUGGAGACGACACAGUUAGCGUGGGGGGAAAGAAACUCAGUUUGCAACCCAGACAAGGUAUCACAUAUUUUGAAAGAAAUUGCAAUUUGACUACCGAAAUUACAACUGGUACACCAUCUAGACCGCCUCCUACAACUGUUCCACCGCCAACUGCUCCCAAAACCGUAUGCGCCAGUGGACAGAAAUUGACUUUUGAGAAACUGAUCGGGUUCGAAUCUAUUGGAAGUUAUCCAAUUUAUUUAUAUCGUAGCACUUUCCAAAUUCCGGGAAUAACAUUAGAAUGUCUUCGUAAAUGCGAAUUAGACUCAGAUUGCGAAUCAUUCGUCUUAGAUUACGAACGUUUCGAAUGUUACAGAUUUAGCGAUUUUGGUCCAGUUAAUAUUAGACCUAAUAAGGGCAAGAGUUACUUUAAAUCAUUGUGUAUAUCAGCUUUAAUUCCGUGUGAAAAACUUUGGGCUGUUGAUAUAUUAAUGGAUAGAGAACUGAGAGUGACAAGACCAGUCGAUGUCAUACGACAGGUGAAUCGAGAGGAAUGUGCACGUAGAUGUUUGGAAGAAAGAAGAUUCCGCUGCAGGUCGUCAAAUUAUUACAGUUUUCGCAGAGAAUGUACACUUUCUACCGAAGAUAAAAAUUCACCAGUUGCAGAACUGCAUUUCUCUGCUGGAGUAGAUUAUAUAGAAAAUCAAUGCAUUUCUGAAACGUCAAAUUGUCCAUAUCAGUCACCAGAAAUAGGGAUUUACAUGUGGUAUGUAGAUCGUACUCUUCAUGGCAUCGUCACUUCACAGCAAUGCGAAGAAGAAUGUGAUAGAGAAAGAGCAUUCAACUGUCGAUCUUAUAGCCACGUUGAUGGAACUGGCGAAUUUAAAUGCUUAUUAAGUUCUGAUAAUAAAGAAAGUUUACCGAAUACCGCAUUUGAAUUACGCCACAAAUCCUUAUUUGCUCAAAAGGAUUGUAAAAACCAAAUUACAAGAUCCGUUCCACGUGAGACACCUAUCCUAACUCCUCCAGUAGUACCUCCUACUCAAAGACCAGGUGUAUGUACUUUCGAUAGAUAUACUUACGAGAAAAUAGUGGGUUACGAUCCUCGUCUUUUAAGAAAGCACAGAAUACCCAUUAUCGAUAGUGUAGGCAUUUUGGGGCAAUGCCAACACGAAUGUCAACGAAUGGGAGACAGAUGCAAAGGAUUUGUAAUUCUUUACACGCCUGUGCAGAUUUGUUAUUGGUUGGAAGUUGCUGCAUCAGAAAUUACAAAUGCUCUCAUGCCGUCUCCUCUUGCUGCUUACUAUGAGAAAGUUUGUUUAAGAGAUAUGGGUUGUGGAAAGUAUUGGACGUUUGAAAGAGUUAUAGGGCACCAAAUGAAAGGAACAGCGCUCAUGGAUAUACCAAGUAUACCAGAAAGAACUGACUGUGAAGAUUUAUGCAUCAGAGACAAGAACUGUUUGUCUGCUAAUUACUUUUAUAAAUUAAAGUUAUGUCGACUUUUUUCUGAAAGUCGGAGGAGCCAGCCUUCUGCUGUUGUGAAAAGUGAAGAUGUAGAUUAUCUUGAAAAUCAAUGCAUAAAAGAGCCUCCCACGUGCCAAUAUAAAGAUUAUCCAGAUCGUUUCUUUCCUUACAUCGAUAGACUUUCUAGAGCUCACGACAUACACGACUGUCAGAAACAAUGUGAUCUAGAAAGACGAUUUCGGUGCCGUUCUAUAAAUUACGAAACUAUGACUAGGCAUUGUGCCUUAUCUAGCGAAGAUUUGGCAACGGUGGGCGAUAGCAGAGAUCUUCUACAGUUUCGAAGACAGUCGAUAUUUAGCGAAAAGGGAAACUGUGAACAAGUUAGCGUUCAGUGCAAUCAACAAGACAUGAUAUUAACAGUUAAUUUUGCCGUACCAUUUAAUGGACGAGUUUAUGCUAAAGGAAAUCCUGCACAGUGUUACAUGUUAGGUACUGGUCAGCAAUCAUUACAGUUUGCUGUUUCAAUGGGAAGCCGUUGUGGAACUAAACUUGAGGGUCCUGAUCUUUAUGUAAAUGAAGUAGUAAUUCAACAACAUCCGGUUAUAAUGACAGAUAACGAUAAAACAAUUCGAGUUAUGUGUUCUUUUGAACCCAGAGAGAGGACAUAUACUUUAGGAAAUCCAUUACAGUCUGAUCAUCCAGCCAUGGAAGUAGCGACUUUGUUUCAGCAUCCAAUUAAAUCAGUAGUCACCAAUACUGUUCCUCCUCCGAAUGUUGUCAUGAGAGUUUUGGAUCAUCAAGGUCAAGAUGCUCGAAGAGUUGGACUAGGAGACGAAUUAACUCUUCGAAUAGAAUUGAGGGAAAUUAACAGUGCUUUCGCUCUGCAUGCUAAAAAUUUAUAUGCAAGAAGUACUAAAGGCGAAAGCCUUUUUCUCAUCGAUGGCAGAGGAUGUCCAAAUGAUCCCAGUAUUUUUCCAACUCUUCAAGUGGAUCAAAGAGAUGGAAAAUCUCUUUAUGCUAACUUUAAAGCUUUUCGCUUUCCGUCAACUGGGAUGGUCAACUUCGAAGUACAGAUAAAGUUUUGUCAAGAUCGAUGCGAACCAGUUAUUUGUAGAAAUGGAGCAAGAUCUCAUGGAAGACGAAAAAGAUCUUUACAUGAUAAUUCUAAUCAAGAAAUUCUUUCCCUAACAACACAGUUUCCGUUUCAAAAGAAUCAAACUUUCAAAAAUAAUUACAUGUUAAAUUCUUCUUUAUCGAGUAAUACAUCUGCUAUCUUCGAGAGAAAAUCACGACUUAAAUACCAGAAUGUAACUGCUCCAAAAUUUUCAAGUUCAACCGCAGAUUUUCAGAAACGAAAUUUUAUGAGGACUUCAAAUUUUACCAGAGAGCAAAAUAUUUGGGAAAAUUAUUCAAAAAUCGUUAACAAUUCUACAAGCAAACCAUUUUUUCAAUCCCAUUCUCCAAGGGAGUUAACACCUUCCGAAAUGUCUAAUUUAAAUCGUCAUUAUUCUAGAGAUCAAGAUUAUACGCAUUCCUAUGAUAACAGACAAUUUGACAGACCAUCCGAAGGAUUUGGUCCUCACUAUCGUGAAUAUCAUCAAAAUUUUCGUCAAGAUUUUCGGCCAAAUUCACCUCCUCCUCUUUAUCCACCAUAUUACAAUAAUCGCGGUACAGAACAUCAAUACAAUCAAUUUCAAUUCCAUUACACAGAUCAACAAUUUGAUGAUCAUAGAAUGCGUCCCGCUUCUCAUCCAAGACAUUAUCAUUCUUCACAUCAAUUACAUUCUUCUCCAAAUUUUCAAAUUCGUGAUCGUCCUAGCAACGACAAAUCGUUUUCUGAAUUGCAAAGUUCUUCGAUACGUGUAAUUUCCAAAGAUCGAGAAUACGAGAGGCCUUUAAACAAUCAUAAUGGACCUAUAUCAGUUCAUUCGUCUACACCUUACUCGCAGCAGCAGCAUGUAUUUAAUCCUCAAAUUCCUAAAGAACGUUACGACUUUCCUCCCAACGUCCAUAAUGUACCCAAUUCUCCAAUGUCUCAUAAUUAUCCUAGCCCAUGGCCCGGAUUUCGUGUUUCAAAUCCAGAUCAAGCUCCUAAUUUGCAUUACAGGAAUCCUUACAAUAACAAUCAGAAUUCGAAUACUCGAAUUUGGACUUCUAAUAACGCUCAACCUUCAAGAGAAGAGACAAAGAAAAAUUCUUCUUAUACACUACAUCAUCCCUCUUCUAUUCGUAAAGAAAAUCGCAAUUUCUCUAGAUCUCCACCUGUUCAUACCCGUCUACCUUCACCUAUACAUCCACCAAUUCUGAGAAACUCUAAUGUGAAAAACUCUUCUCGUCCAUCUCUCAUUUUACAACCACCUCCAAAUAAUUCUCAAACUAUAAAUAUGGAUAGGAAAAAUCCAAUAAACGCUCCUCCCUAUUUAAAUUAUCCGUCAAACAGUAAUAUGAAUGCAGGAAACAGAUUCCCUCCUAGAAACCACCACUGGAAACCAGAAGAGAACAAAUCUAGACCAACGUAUAAAUCGAGGCCACCACAAAAUAAUCACAGAAUUCCACCUAAAGAUGAGAAACAUACCAAUCUUCCUGACGAACUUCCAUUAUCUUUUGCUAUCAUGGUUGGAGAAGAUCAACCAAUGGCUGAUAAAUCUGCUUGGACUUUAGAAAGAAAAACUAGACCCCCGCCAACAGUUUUACCAGAAAUAUCAGAAGAUACGGUAUGCACUUCAAAAACAACUGUAGUAGUCACGGUGACUGCAGUUACUGUCUUGUAUAUAGGAGCGGCAAUAGCGGCUAUAUUUUUCUAUCGUUGGAGACGAAAACAAAAGAGAAAAAAGAGAAGAUAUAUCGAUCCUCAACCACGUUCUCAACCGAAUAAUUCUGAUGUAACGUAUGCCAGUCCUGAAGUCACUUUCAGAAGUAUUUAUGGGGCAUUCCCAAAUGAAAGCUAAAGUUAUCUGUGAUGAUAAAUUACUUGAUGAUACUUGAGAAGUUGGAGGUAGGUUUUUAGUAUGAG